AUGAGCAAUAAGCAAUCUUGCGUUGCAUUGGCUGCCGAAGCCUGUCUGCCUUGUGCGUCAUUAGCCAUAACAUACUGGCGGCGGUCGCCUCCUAGGAUGCCGCCUUCGUUACGGGACACUAGGAGGGGUUCGCUAUGUAACAAUAUUAUAUUCACAUACUGUGCACGCCUUGUUUUAAAUUGGAUUCUAGCAGUGGGCACGGUACACUCCAUAGCUCUUUUCAUACAAAAAUUAAACAUACAUUUUAUUUAUUUUGCUUUUAUAAUAAUAGUGUCUAAUUUGAAAAUAUUAAACAAAAUAUGAACAAACAAUAUUUUAUAAUUUAAGGAAUAUUAAUAAUGUAUUUUUUUGUUUUGAAGGGAGACACUACCUCCCUUGCCACUUUGGUAAAACCGCCACUGGCAUGGGGAGAAGGAUUUGUUGAGAUAUAUCAAGAGUCGUGCCCUUUGGAAGGUGAAACAAAAAAAAAAAAAUAUCAAAAUUGGAUAAAAAAGAUAUUUCUUAUGAACAAUUACGUUAAAUACAAUCUGUCGAAAUGUAAAUAA